GCUUUGUUCACUUCACUGUGCCCCUCCGCGCGCGCUGACUUGGACACUUUUUGGCUCCACUGUGGGAAGAGAAAAUGCCUACUACUCGCUCCAUGAGAGUAGCCGCACAGUCGGCGUCCUCCAGAAGUCUGAGGAACUUUCGCAGCGUCCCUCUGGUUCCUAUGGAAACCUCCUCAUCAGAUGACAGCUGUGACAGCUUUGGCUCUGAUGGAGGCUUUGCAAACACUCAGCGCAGAAGUCUGCGGCAGAAAAGGCCAGCAGAGAAGCUCAAGCCAGUGGCGAAUGCAUCAGAUGAGGACACCUGCAGUGGGUUUGAGGCCCAUGUGAUAAGCAGCCGGAUGAAGGCCAUGAAAGUGGAUUCUCCGAAACGUGCGCGCCAAUCCAGUGGACUGAAGGUGGCCUUGAGUUUCCCGUCCAGAAAAACCACGGCCAAAAAGAGGCCCGUCUCUGAACCACUGCCUCAGCCCAAAGCUGCUGACUCUGAUGAGGAGGACGACUUCAUCAAAAAGAGGGCGCUGAAUAUUAAAGAGAACAAAGCUAUGCUUGCAAAACUUAUGUCCGAAUUGAACAAAGUUCCUGGGCUUUUCCCUGGGAGAAUGGCAAAGUCCUCUAUCACACCAAGGAAAAGUCCUCAGAAAGUUAGAACGCCAAGAGCACUUCGGAAGAACCCAGAGCGUUUGACCCGUCCACACACUCGCUCCCGCUCUCUGGUGGAUGGGCCUCCCAGCCCCACCCCUGAGGAGGAAGACCCCGAGGACAAGUUCAGCCUGGUGCGCAAGAGCCGCUACUAUGAGGAAGUGGAUGAGCCUCCUCGUCGGCGCACCUACAGUGGCAUGAAGGCCAUUCCUCAUGUGGUGAGGCCGGUGGAAGAGAUCACAGAGCUCGAGCUGGAUCGCAUCUGCAAUAAUGUUCGGGAGAAAGUCUACAACCAGUCCACAGGCUCAACCUGUCAUCAGUGUAGACAGAAGACCAUUGACACCAAAACCUGCUGCCGCAACCCUGAAUGUGUUGGGGUGAGAGGGCAGUUUUGUGGACCAUGUCUCCGUAACCGUUACGGAGAGGAAGUGAGAGACGCUCUAUUGAAUCCGGAGUGGCAGUGCCCGCCAUGCAGAGGGAUCUGUAACUGCAGCUUCUGCCGGGCAAGAGAGGGCCGCUGUGCCACUGGAGUCCUGGUUUAUCUGGCUAAAUAUCACGGCUAUGACAAUGUGCAUGCCUACCUCAAAAGUUUGAAGAAGGAGCUGGAGGAGAGCGGCGAGUGAAGAGCACAUCAAAGCUGUUUGCUGUUGCACCUUCACCACAUUUAGAUUUACACUUGAACGUACUGACAUUGUUAAAAGGCAUUACUGUCCAUAGGCAUGUAUGCAAAAUCAAAUGAACCACAUUUUUUUUACCAGUUUGAUAGACCGAGCUUUUAAAAAUUGUUAAAAAAUUUGAUCUCUUAUUUUUCCUGGAUUCCACAUGACUGGUAAUUCUACAUAGUUUGUAUUUUUAAAGUUCUCUGGUGUUCUACUCAGACCACAGAAGGCUUGUCUGAACUCGCUUUAACCUUUUUGUACAUAUUUCCUAACACGUUAUCCUUGCCCCAUUCAGGAGAAGUAUUUUCUUUUUAGACUUGUUCAAAAGUGUUACAUUGUUUUAAAUGUAAUUUGUUUUGUACAGACCCUUUUUAUAUGAACUAAGCUGUAACAUUUCACUUGGUGCCUUUUUUUAUACAGUCUGUUGUCAGAUGUUAUGUGGUCUGCUGAAAUGGCUGAAUAGUCCUGGUGCUAUCACAUUGUACAGGUUUAAAAAAGGCACUGUUCCCAUUUUGUACCAAGAGGAAUAGUGUGAUAUAGUGGAGCGGCUGCUUAAAUCCCCUUCAUUAGAUAACCAUCGCUAAUGGAGUGGAAACAAUUAGCACACUCUAAUGGGGAGCUCAUACCUGUAAAUCACUGGAUCCUGUUAAAAGCACAUUGCUGCUCUGCUCCAGUCUCUCUGCCUCAUUUCUGCCCUGUACUGUUAAAUAGGACUGGCUCAAGUGGCAGCAGGAGUUAUGAGCUUCGUUUUCCCCUCACAAGUGUGAAACUCCACUGGAAAUGACCUGACAUUAUACUUGAGCCCUUCAAAUGUACUUGAUGUGACCUGCCCAAAGAUGAACGGUUCUAUUAUCUUGUUUUGUAUGGAAGUUGAGCUGCAUUUUUUUUUCUGUCUGAGAUUAACUGUAAUGUGUAAUUGUUUCUGUUCAUAUUUGAGUUGUUUUAACUCAUUUUCAUUAAAGUCUUAAAUGCAGAA